GGCUGCUGGAUGAAUGAGACUCAGCCUCUGCCCUGGGAGUGCAGAGACUCAAGACAGAUAUGACCACGUGAAGAGACAACUGUAAAACAAGUGGAAUUAGAGAAUAAAAUCCCAGCACGAUGUUCCUCAUUGGAGACACCAGUCCAGCUGAGGACAACAGAGAAGCCCCCCUUCCUCAAUGUUCACUUCCAGAAUUAUAUGCAUGUAUUGAGAAUUUUAAUAAGGAGAGCAGGAAAUCAAAUUUUCUAAAAAUGCACAGUAUUUCACUUAACGAAGCACAGGAAGUACUUGCUAAAAACCUGAAUGUCAUGUCAUUCACCAGGGGCACUGAUGUGAGAAGAGAUCUCCAACCUGUUAUCAGGUGCACAGUGGUUAAAAAAGAGAAGCCAGCAUCCAUGACUGAGCUCCUCCACCGCAGCUUACUGGCAAGCUCACUCUCUCCCGUGGAGAGGCUCUCCAGGUCCCAGCAGAGGCUGUCACAGCAUGGGAUCUCCCCUCCCAAGCACACUUUUCCUUAUGAAAUUCUCAUUGAUCACUGGAACGCCUUGGCCCAAGUUACCGUACAGAAGAAGGUUCCAAGCGCCAAAAUCUUAUGCAGACUAGGCAUUUCCAGUGCCACCCCAGAAAAGUUCAUUUUUGAAGAUAAACUUCGUAGAUACUUCUUAGUUGACCCAGGGGCCAAGUUUUUCUUUCUUCCUAAUGCAUGAAUUACCUGCUGCUUACCUAACUUCUGGAGGUCUCUGAUGUGGUCUCACAAACUGUGUUGGAGUCUCUUCUCUGCCUCCGUAUCUUCAUUUCCUGAGAUCCCAGAGGAAAACAAUUCAUGGAUCUAAGGGAUCUGGAAUGGAGAUAUUUUAAGGGGCUUGUGAAGUGGAGGCGCACUACUGCAAUUUCAUUCAGAGAUGUAAAAUACAACACUGAGAAGAGAUUUGUAGAGAGCCAGGACAUGCCUGAUGUUAUUUUCCCCCCUAUAGUUCGCAAGUCUUUGGUCAUUUAUCCUCAAAUUGAUUAUCAAAAUGAAGGAAGUUAUUCUCUUAAAUGGAAUAUGUAGUGUAUUAAAAUAUUUUGGACAUAGAUUUUUGCUUUUGAGAGCAUUGAAUUUAUACACAAAAAGUAAAGAAGCCAAGUACCUGAUAGAACAUCUGAAGUGAGUGUGUGCAACACACAUGAAGGUGUAUUGUAAAAUUAAGCUGUUAAUACGGAGCAAAAGGUCCGAUUUAAUCUGCUAACGUGAGAAGUGGUUUGGAUGGUGCAACCCAUUUGGACCACGCAACCCAUUUGGACCAGAGCUAAAGCAUAUAUAGGUCAUAUGAAAAGAAAAGGUGUAACUGAAGAACACUCAAGCAAGCACAGCUUUUUAAGGAAUUUUAAGCACACAAGGAAGUUCAUCAUCAUAAAAGUAUUUGGUAAAUUCAACAAACAAAUUAACAUCUGAGCAUAUAGAGAUCAAUAUGAGAACUUAAAUAUAAUCUAUUAACUGUCCAGUGACAAAGAAGGAAACAGCAUCCAUGAAAUAAGAAUAGAAAGAUUUGAAAAAGAACAAAUUGGAAAUCUUGGAAAUGAAAGAUAUAGUCAUUGAAAAUUAUAAUAAUAACCCUUGAUAAUUAUCCCAGUGGUAGCCUGGAUAUAUCUGAAGAGAGAGGGCUAACAAGUUGGAAGACAGCAUUGAAAAGCUUAUAGAUCAUAGCACUGUAAGACAGAAAAAGAAGAGUAUUGGAGGGUAGAAUGAGAAGUUCAGAAAUGUAUACAAUAGAAUUAGCAGAAAAAAAAUAGGAGAAUGGAAAGUAAGUGAUAUGUGAAAAUAAAAUGCAGAAAAAUCUCAAGAAACACAUGAGACCUUGAACUGAAAAAUCUCAGACUGAUUAGCAAGAUAUUGAAAAUAAAUCUAUACCCAGAAAUAUUGUAGCAAAACUAUGGACCACUAAGCAGUAAAGGAAAAUAUAAUCUACGAAAGAGAGAUGGAUUACAUACAAAGAAAUGACAAAUUGACAAUAGAACGCUCGUUAACAAUAGAGGUCAGAGGACAAUAGUGCCAUAUACUUACAAUGCUGAAGGAAAACAGCUGUCUGUAAUUCCAUAAGCAGCCAAACUCUCUCUGAGGAGU